AUGGGCUCGCGAAGGUGCAGGCUUAUUGGGGCCAUUCUUGCUGGAGUUUUCAUAUUUCAUAGCUUUGCUCACGCAGAAAAAGCUCCAUACUACACUUUUGUCAAAGAGGCAACUUCCGCUCCGGCAAUACUACGUUACGACUAUAUAAUCAUCGGCGGAGGGACAUCUGGCUGUCCACUAGCAGCAACUCUGUCACAAGGAGCAAGGGUUUUAGUCCUCGAAAGAGGAGGCUCCCCCUACAACAACCCGGACAUAACCAACAUGGGCAACUUCGCUGCAACUCUUGCGGACACCUCUCCCACGUCCCCUGCCCAACAGUUUAUCUCCCAAGACGGAGUAUACAACGCCCGAGCACGCGUCUUAGGGGGCGGAACAGCCUUGAAUGCCGGGUUCUACACGCGUGCUAGCCCCGGCUACGUAAAGGAAGCUGGUUGGAAUGAGACAUUGGUUAACCAAUCUUAUGAAUGGGCAGAAAAAUUGAUAGCGUUCAGGCCGCUGAUGUUGGAGUGGCAAUCGGCGGUGAGAGAUGGGUUGCUGGAGGUAGGGGUGUCACCCAAUAAUGGUUUUACGUAUGAUCAUGUGUAUGGGACUAAAGUUGGAGGUACAAUUUUUGAUGCGGACAGUCACAGGCACACCGCUGCAGAUUUGCUUCAGUAUGCGGAUCCAAGAAGGAUUAUUGUGUAUUUGCAUGCAACUGCGCACAAGAUUUUGUUUACGUAUAAUAAUGGAACAGCAAGACCGAGAGCCAAUGGUGUGAUUUUCAAAGAUGUGUUGGGAGUGGAGCACAGAGCAUACCUAACGAAGAACUCCAUGAAUGAGAUAAUCUUAUCAGCUGGUGCACUUGGAAGCCCACAUCUGUUGAUGUUGAGCGGUAUUGGGCCAGCUGAGCAGCUUCGGACCCACGGAAUCAAGUUGGUGGUGGAGCAGCCAAUGGUGGGCAAAGGGAUGGCUGAUAAUCCAAUGAAUGCUCUCUUCGUUCCCUCUCCAGUUCAAGUUGAGGUGUCUCUUAUUCAAGCUGUGGGCAUCACUAGGUUUGGUAGCUACAUCGAGGCAGCCAGUGGAAUGAGCUUCGCUUAUUCUUGGGCUCAAAGGCUCUCUCUAGAGUCUGGGUUGCUCGUGAAUCAGGCUGACCAGGAAGCAAUGAAUAAAGCUGCCGAAGCCAUAAAUGCUGUUGCCAAUGGUACUCUUAGAGGCGGAGUUAUACUCGAAAAAGUCAAGGGUCCUCUCUCAACAGGCCAUCUCGACCUCCGCAGCACAAAUCCCGACGACAAUCCGGCAGUCACCUUCAACUACUUCAAGGAACCAGAAGACCUAGAGAGGUGCGUUCAAGGCAUGAACACCGUUAUAGAUGUUAUAAACUCCGAUGCCUUCUCAAAGUUCCGUUAUGGAAGCAUGCCGGUGCAAGCACUAAUAAACUUGAUGGUGAGUUUACCGGUGAACUUGAGGCGGCGACAUGCUACCGCUGCAACUUCCCUGGAACAAUUCUGUUUUGACACUGUCAUGACCAUCUGGCAUUAUCAUGGAGGCUGCCAAGUUGGUUCGGUUGUCGAUCAUGAUUAUAAGGUUGUUGGUGUGGAAGCGCUGAGGGUUAUUGAUGGUUCAACAUUUUUAGGCUCACCUGGGACUAAUCCUCAAGCUACUGUUAUGAUGCUCGGGAGGUAUAUGGGAGAGAAGAUUUUGCUCGAAAGGUAUUCCCAUGGAAGGAAGUAG